AGACUGCAACCGCUUUACUGAGAGAGUCAACUUCUCUAAAGGAGCCUCUAACAGCAGAGACUACCAGCAAACAAACCGAGAGAGCGAGCGAGCGAGCGAGGGAAUACCUAAGGACUCCUCCGAAGAAAGACUUUACCUACUUUUUAUACAACCGAGCACAGGAUUCCUCUUGAAUACGCAGAAGAAAUUUAUCCAAGAUGCUGAUGCUUUCUGUUGUCGUUACCUUCCUUGGAAGCCUCAACUUGGUGAGUUAUGUCUUUUCCAGCCUGAGCGGGUUUUUGUCGUCUUUGUGUUUAGAGGUUAAGAGCAUGGCUGAUUGAUUCUUUUGGCAAAAUCUUUAGAGUUUGUUUUUAAUUCAAUUCUUUGUGUUAGGACUUUAAAAGUUCAGUCUUUAACAGAGGGUCUCGUUGUUUUUUGUAGGUCCUCUCCUCCUCCUUCUCCUCCUCAUGCCCCUCCGGGUGUCCCCUGGAGAUGCCUAAGUGCGCACCCGGCGUGAGCAUCGUCUUGGACGGCUGCGGCUGCAAAGUGUGCGCCAGGCAGCUGAACGAGGACUGCAGCUUGACCGAGCCUUGUGACCACACCAAAGGGCUGGAGUGUAACUUUGGGGCGAGCUUUGCUGCUGCUACUACUCGUGGCAUCUGCCGAGGUAUGUACAAAGACCCUCCAGGCUCCAGAUGUGCAUGCUUUUCAAAAACGAGUUAAAAGAAAGGGAGUGAUUGAGGAUUAUUCAGAGAGACCAUCGAGUUUGAGAUGUGCAUGCUUUUCAGAUAGUCUGAAGUUGUUGUUGAAAUAAGUGGGUUUGAUUGAGGAGUAUGGGAAGCUGUGUGAUUUCAACACUGAGGAAUGCAGAGAGAAGGAAACUUAGACUAAACUCACAGCACAGACAGCCCACUGUGGAGGGAAAAAAGACUCCUCAGGCAGCCUCAAGAAUUUCACAGUUUAACUGAUCCUUACCUGGCAGCCAUGUGAUGUCUUCUGCAGACUUUUCCAAGCAGAGCAGGAAAGAAUAACAUUCCUUUCCUCCUGUUUUUUUCUCCCCCCCUUGCAGCCAAGUUAGAGGGCCGACCCUGCGAGUACAACAGCAGGAUCUACCAGAACGGAGAGAGCUUCCAGCCCAACUGUAAACACCAGUGCACAUGCAUCGAUGGGGCGGUGGGAUGCGUUCCUCUGUGCCCGCAGGAGCUCUCUCUGCCAAACCUGGGCUGUGCCAACCCAAGACUGGUCAAGGUAGCAGGCCAGUGCUGUGAAGAGUGGGUGUGUGAUGAUGGCAAGCAGACAGACAUCCUGGAGAAGAUCUUUGGCAAAGACAUGUUGACUGAUGACUCAGAAAGAGACCUCACCAACAGGAAUGAGCUCAUUGCCAUCUUCAAGGGUGGACUCAAGUCUCUACCAGGUAAGAAAAGUGCCCCUCAUCCUUGACCUGACCUGUUUUUUCUGCAUUUAUGCGCAAGAGAUCUUAAAUUCAAGGAUUCUAAUGUUUCUCCUUCCUUCUCCUUUCACAGCAUUCAGACCACAGCCUGAAGUCCACAUGUUUGACAACCAGAAGUGCAUCGUCCAAACCACACCCUGGUCCCAGUGCUCCAAGAGCUGUGGAACAGGAAUCUCCACCAGAGUCACCAACAACAACAACGAGUGCAAGCUGGUCAAAGAGACAAGAAUCUGUGAAGUGCGGCCAUGCACCCAGUCACCCUACUCCAGUCUGAAGGUAAGCUUGAUCCACCAGGACCUCAUGUGAUGGAAGCAUGCGUGAUACCAGAAAUGCACCACUUUUCCAGGGUCUGAGUGCACCACUAACCUCCAUCUCCUUGCUGUUUGUUCCUCUGCAGAAAGGAAAGAAAUGCAGCAGAACCAAGAAGUCAAGCCAGCCGGUCAAGUUCACCUACGCCGGCUGCUCCAGCUUGAAGAAGUACAGGCCCAAGUACUGCGGAGCCUGCGUGGACGGCCGCUGCUGCAGCCCCCACGACACCAGAACCAUCCGCGUCAAGUUCCGCUGCGAGGACGGCGAGACCUUCAACAAGAACAUCAUGAUGAUCGAGUCCUGCAAGUGCACCUACAACUGUCCCCAUGCCAACGAAGCCUCCUACCCCUUCUACCGCCUCUCCAACGACAUCCACAAGUUCAGAGACUGAUUGGUGAACAGCCUCCAAAGCCUUCAGCAAGAGAAAGACAUCAUCAGCAGUACUGGCAGCCAGUGGCGGUCCAGAUGAAUGCAGGGGUGUAAAUAGACUACCAAUCAACUACCAGCUUCUUGUUGUAACUAGAUUCCCAAGGAAUUGUGGGCUUACAUCAUGAGGACUCAAUGAAGUGCACUGUUUGCUGUGACUCGGCAGCAUUCCCAACUAUGAACUGCUUCGUAUUAAUGGAGCAUCUGAAGUAGCUUCGUUAUGGAGCAAGAUGUAAUAAAUAUUUGUACAUUUAUGUUAGUCUCUGAUAUCAAUUCACUGUGUAUAUUUUGAUCCUUUACAUCAGACAUGACACAGACUGUAGACUUGCGUGUGUAUAUGUAGAUAUGCACAUGCGCAACUUCAAUUAGCAUACCAUCCUGUAUCUUAAGAACAAGACACCGAAAUGCGACCUCUCGACUUGUUUGACAAGUGCGCGGUUUCAUUCCUUCCUGACGUGGGCAUUAUUGUUCAUGUUUUGUGGCAGCUAUUGAACUCCUUUCAUGAAAAAAAAGACAAAGCGAAACAUGUCAAAGGAUGAAUGAAUGUUUUUAUUAUUGUUAUUAAUAUUAUUUAUCAAAGAAAAUGUAGCUUCUUUAUUUGGAUAUUAUGUGUCAUACUGGAAUAAGAUGUAAGAUUUAAUUUUAUAUGCUACAAAUAAAACUGAUUUAUUUAUGAAAUACGA